AUGAUGGCCGCAACUGAAAGAAUCCCGACCGAGGAGCCUCCAGUUGCCGACUCCGCUCCGGCGCCGAAACGGCGAAAGCUGCGCAAGGGGACGCAGAGCUGUUGGGAAUGCAAGCGACGCAAAGCCCGCUGUACAUUCUCGCCCUCCACGCAGGAUAUCUGUGAUGGCUGUAAGCGUCGCGGAAGUGAUUGUGUCAGUCAAGAUGUCGCUGAUCUGCCUCCACCUCCUGGCAGCAACAAGCACAUCGUAGACAGACUUGGCCAAGUUGAGGCGCUGAAUCUCGAAAUCAAGAUGCUCGAGCUGAAAAAACGGUGGAGCGUCUCGCCUGCGCGCUCCGUAGCGGAGCGACUAGCCCAUCCAACUCUCGCUGCAUCGUCCACACAAGCAGACGAAAUCAUCUCCACGCAGCUUCUCGCUGCAUGGCCAAGUCCGGAAGACAUGGCCAUCAUCUUGGCGAUUCCGGUGGAAACUUCGCAAAUUAUUCGAGCUGUCAUAUGCACUAGAAUAAGCCCCAACCCAUCCACCCUUCCGCUCUCCGCGGCUUUACUACAACUACCGCCCACUGGGUCACAUCCGGUGCUCAUCGCGAGGAGUCUAUUGAUCUUAGCCUCGUUCCUCCAGGGUAUGCCAUAUUCCGCGUCCCAUCACCUAGAGAAGCUCAGCACCAGCUGGUACAACAUGAUGUCACGAGCGGUAAAGACGGCCCACGACUUGGUCACAUGCAAGGAUGAUCUAGUCAAUUCUCUGGAAGGCAUUGAAUGCAUCAUGCUGGAGGGCCUCUAUGAGAACUACGCUGGCAAUCUGCGUUUUUCAUGGCUCGCCGCACGCCGGGGAGUCGCAAUUGCGCAGAUGCUCGGCCUCAGUCGGGGCAUCAAGCCGCGCUCCCUCGUCGGCUCGAUCAUUGAACCGAAUGAUCUCUGGUUCCGUCUCGUACAGUUCGAUCGCUACCUUUCCCUCAUGUUGGGCUUGCCGCAGAGCGCACUCGAGGACGUCUACGCUCGCCCAGAUACAUUGGAAGGAUGUCUUCCAUUAGAUCGGUUUCUUCGCCUCUGCACUGUCGCUUGCGGACGCUUACUGCAACGGGAUCCUUCGGAGGUAUUUGACUACGAAAAGGCCCAAAAUAUUGACAAGUUACUGCAAGAAGCCUCAACCGUAAUGCCAGCACAGUGGUGGGUCGCUCCGACCCUCGCCUCGGAGAAGGGCCAUCUGGAGAAGAUUCGGGAAACGUUACGGUUCAACGACCACUUUAUGUACUAUCAUCUCCUUCUCCAGCUCCAUUUCCCCAACAUCUUACACCCAAUAUCAGAGCACGACAGAGCGACAGCCGUGACGGCAAGCCGGGAGAUCCUUUCUAGAUUCUUGUCCUUUCGCGCGACUAGACCGGCGCGAUUCUAUUGCCGAGGUGUUGACCUCAUAGCAUUUCUAUCGUGUACCUCAUUGUGUCUAGCGCACAUUUGCAACGCCCCUCAAGAUACGACGGACGGAAGGAGUUCCUACUUCUCUGCACAUCAACGCCUCAGCGAUCGGGGCAUGGUGGAGCAGGCUCUGGUCGUCAUGCAGAAACUUGUGGAUCAGUAUAACGAUGAGAUCGCUACGAGAGUCGCUACACUUCUCAAACACCUCUUGCGCAUCCAAAACGACAUAACAUUGGGAGUGAGAUACAAGGUCGCAUUUUCGCCAGAAACAUUCCUGGAUGACGAUCUUGGGUACCGAGUGAAGCUGACGGAUCAAGACACUGUCCUCAACAUCUGUCUACCGCACUUUUGGGUCAUCAGGAUUGAACGGUUGUCUGAUGGGAUGUUGAUACCGACCGGAUCGAAUUCGCAACCUCUGUACCAUCGUCUUCCUCAAGAUGAGCGCCCAUGCUCAAUCGGAAGUCAAGACGCCGUCGUUCCGCUUCCUGGAGAUAAGGAACUGCAGGAUCUGGUACAGUACCCAUGUGAGGAAAGUUGGGCACUGAAUAAUUUGGAUUUCACGUUAUUGGACAACUGCAUGUGGGGUAGCUUGGGUACGGGCACCGAGACUGCUUAG